AUGGGUGGUCUCGAGCAGCCCCCCACUUCGCAGUCAAGGGGUCCUACACGUUCUCCAAAGGUGUCGGACACGGAGCUGCCGUCCAGCAAGUCCGGAAACUCGCCGACCAACAGGCCUGGCAUCACGUGCAACACAGGCUCACGCUCCCUGCAGGGGCCCCCCCGAGAGCUCCUGCGAAAGCAGGAGAUGAUGAAGGGUUUGGCUGAUGGGACAGUGCGUUACCAGGGCAAAGGCCAACGUCAGUGCUUGCCCAUUGCUGAGCCAGAGUCGGCCCCCGACUCCAAAGGAAAAGCCUUCCGAAUGGCACGCAAGCCGCAGCACCCUGCAGCCGCUGGGGAUGUCUGCGGCCCAGAAACCGGGGUGCUGCUUCAGCUGCUGAGUCAAGGGCUGACAGCAGACAUGCCCAGUGGGCUUCCCCCGAGCCGUGAGGCCGAGGCUGAGGCCAAGGCCAAGGCCAAGGCCAAGGCCCAGUGCUCAGAUAGCGCGGGGAACCGAACGGGACCGAGAGAGGAGGACGCUGCGAACCUCCGCGCCUGGGCGGCGGCAGAGAAUCUAACUCCAAAGGAAGGUCGCUCCGAGCCAGAGGGUCGCCGGCCGCUCCGAGUCCUCCUACAAAGGGGGAUCCGGCGCGGCGGGGGCUCGGGCACCACCUCCCCGGGAGCCACCCGCGGCAAGUUGGGCAACAGCCCCGCCCGGCGCGCCACUUCACCGCCUCGGGCAACCUUUCAUCUUUUCUCGGAGAACGAACCGCGGCGGCUCCGCUUCCACCGGGCUGGGGAGCGCGGGCGCGUCAGCGAGCUGGACCCCGGAGCCCGAGCCCCCCGCACUCCCCAAGCAGCCCCGCUGUUAGCCCCCCGGGGCAGCCCCUUCACCAAGGGACAAUCCCGGCCGAGCGGGUCCCCAGACACCACCCGCAGGGGCCCGUCUGCUCGCCCGACACGCACCUCGGAGACGCGGUCCGCCGGGACCGGCUACAGCCCGCGAGCGCGCGGCGACUACCGGGGCCGCAGCCUGGCCGCCCGCCGCCCCGCUCUGCCCAUCGGCUCGGACUCUGCCCGCGCCGGGCUCCGGGCGAAGGCGGCCGGACCCGCCGGCAACGCUGGAGCUGUCGGCCUGCGCUCGGGCGGGCGGCCGGCCGCGGAGGGCGCGCGGCGCAGCUCCUCCUCCGCCGCCGCCGUCCGUGUCCUCCUCGAGCUCCGCCGACUCUUCCCGGGCUCCGGGUCUGCUGCGCCGGCUCCGGACGCCGCCGCCCGCCGGCCCGGAGGCUCCGCCCCCCGCCCGCGCCGCCAGCUCUCAUUGGCCGCCGCCUGCAGGCCCCCUCGGCCCCGCCCCGCGAUUGGGCGCUGGCUCCGUCUGUCCUGGAGGCUCCGGGGCUCCGUGCGCAGCUGGUGCGCCGUUCCCAGGCCCCCGUGCUCCGGAGCGGCGCGAACCUUAGGGGCUCGGGCUCCUUCCCAGGAGGUGGCUGAGGUCUCAAGAGGAGUGCAGCUUACCUGGGCCCGCCUACUGGGAAAGCCGUCCUCCUCGGGACUCCUUCGCCUCUCUGGCAUGGAGAAGCGAACCCCAGAAGCAGGCUCCGAGUCGCCCCCUGCGCAGUCGCGACCCCGACCAGGCCUCCACUCAGAAGUUGGGAGAAUCGCACCCUCCUGA